AAAAAAAAAGUCCGUUUCCUGUUUCCGCCGUGGUUCCGCUUCCUGCCGACGUCCCGGAGCCCCACUGCCCCAGCGGCUUGGCGCUCCGGCCCAGGCCGCCCGACCCGGCGGAGAGCGCGCCAUGGCCGCCCCUGACCUGUCCACUAACCUCCAAGAGGAGGCCACCUGCGCCAUCUGCCUCGACUACUUCACUGACCCGGUGAUGACCGACUGCGGCCACAACUUCUGCCGCGAGUGCAUCCGGCGCUGUUGGGGUCAGCCCGAAGGCCCGUACGCCUGCCCUGAGUGCCGCGAGUUGUCCCCGCAGAGGAACCUACGGCCCAACCGCCCGCUCGCCAAGAUGGCCGAGAUGGCGCGGCGCCUGCAUCCGCCAUCGCCAGUCCCUCACGGCGUGUGCGCCGCGCACCGCGAGCCGCUGGCCGCCUUCUGCAGCGACGAGCUGCGCCUGUUGUGCGCUGCCUGCGAGCGUUCGGGGGAGCAUUGGACGCACCGCGUACGCCCGCUGCAGGACGCGGCCGACGACCUCAAAGGGAAGCUGGAGAAGUCCCUGGAGCACCUGCGGAAGCAAAUGGAAGAUGCCCUACUGUCCCAGGCCCAAGCAGAGGAGACCUGUGCCUUGUGGCAGAAAAUGGUGGAGAGCCAACGGCAGAAUGUGCUGGGUGAAUUUGAGCGCCUGCGCCGCCUGCUGGCCGAGGAGGAGCAGCAGCUGCUGCAGAAGCUGGAGGAGGAGGAGCUGGAGGUGCUGCCCCGGCUGCGUGAGGGCGCUGCAAGGCUGGGCCAGCAGAGUGCUCAGCUGGCCACGCUCAUCACAGAGCUGGAGGGCCGCUGCCAGCUGCCGGCUCUGGGACUUCUUCAGGACAUCAAGGAUGCCCUACGCAGGGUUCAGGAUGUGAAGCUGCAGCCCCCGGAGGUGGUGCCCAUGGAGCUGAGGACCGUGUGCAGGGUCCCGGGGCUGGUAGAGACUCUGCGGAGGUUUCGAGGGGACGUGACCCUGGACCCGGACACCGCUAACCCUGAGCUGGUCCUAUCUGAGGACAGGAGGAGCGUGCAGCGAGGUGACCUGCGGCAGGCCCUGCCCGACAGCCCUGAGCGCUUUGACCCUGGCCCCUGUGUGCUAGGUCAGGAACGCUUCACCUCGGGCCGCCACUACUGGGAGGUGGAGGUGGGGGAUCGUACCAGCUGGGCCCUGGGUGUGUGUAGAGAGAACGUCAACCGCAAGGAGAAGGGGGAGCUGUCCGCUGGCAAUGGUUUCUGGAUCCUGGUCUUCCUGGGGAGCUACUUCACCUCCACGGAGCCGGCCUUCUCUCCGCUCCGGGACCCUCCUCGGCGCGUGGGGAUCUUUCUGGACUAUGAGGCUGGACACCUCUCAUUCUACAGCGUGACUGAUGGGUCCCUGCUGUUCAUCUUCCCAGAAACGACCUUCUCUGGGACACUCAGGCCCCUGUUCUCUCCUCUCUCCAGCAGCCCCACCCCUAUGACCAUCUGCCAGCUGAAAGGCAGGUCAGGGGACACCCUGGUUCCCCAGUGACUAUGUGUCAGGGACCUAGUCAUGGAGUCUGGGUUUCUCGGCCAUGUGGGGACCCUGGAGGAGGGGAGUGUGUCCUGAAUGGUAGGAAGAACAUAGUGCCUUCUGAGUGCUCCAAGCCCUGCUGUGGGGACUGCAUCAGGGUGCAGGUGGGCUCUCCUCCCUGUGGGCCCUCCACAGGCCCCCUGAACCCUCUGUACCAGCGUCUCUGGCCUCGAGUUCCAAGAGCUUGGUGAGCCUGGCUGGAAGUGCACAGUUGGCCCUGUCCUAGCCCUGGAAGCUCCCUGAACCCCAGCUCAGUGAAGAUGCUGGGCAAGGCCAUGGGAAGCCCUCCAGCCCCUCAAGGCUUGGUGCCAUGAAUUGGAGGGCUCUGGAUAGGGAUGAGGGGACAGCAGACAGAGCCUUCAGGGAGGGGGAUGGCCUGGGCAGGAAGUGAGGGGACCUGCCUGGUGACAGGUUGUACAUGCUCUAUAUACAGGAUGCCUGGUAAGUGGUGCUCUGGGUGAUAUUCCCUGGCCUAGUGGCCUCCUGCUGGUGGCUGUGCAGGCAACCCCUGUGCACCUCCCCAGGCCUCCUGGCCCACAACAGGAUAGCAGUGACCCCAGGAGAACCCCAGGAUUGCUUUUGUAUUAGAUUGGGAUUUUAUUCCUGUUUUAUUUAUUGUAAUGACAGUGUUUCCACCCUAAAUAAACUUUGACUACAGUUGC